CGUGGGCAAAGAAAAGAAGACCAGUUCCAUCCCAUUUCUGAAGUUAAGUCUCUCAUUUCUCUCCUCCUUCCAAAAACCUCUCCAAAGUCUCUCCUUCUCUCCGUCCAUUUUUGACAAUGUCUGACGGAGGUAUGACCGUUCUCGACGGAACCCACCUCCGAUCCUUGCGGCUCUCCAUCCCGGACUCCGCCGCCGCGCUCACCGGUGCCCAAGUCCUCGAUUUAGCCGAAUCCGCCGCCUCAAACUCACUCUUCGACCUCCCAUUGCCUCCCGCUCUCAAGUCCGCCGCUCUCAGUCGCCUCAACGUCGAUGAUCCCGCUGCCUUCCGCAGCCAGGAGCUCACCCGCGAAGGUGCCACGGCCAAACUCGACGAGUACCUCGCCGCCAUCGCCGAUGAGCUCAGAGAGAACCCGAUGGUGAUUUCGAUCCUGGACGGGAGCACGCUGCGGGUGUUUCUGGAGGACGAAGACGAUUUCGCCAUGUUAGCGGAGAAUUUGUUCACUGAUUUGGAUUCCGAGGAUAAGGGCAAGAUCAAGAAGAUCGAGAUCAGGAAUGCGCUUCUUCGUAUGGGAGUUGAAACUGGAAUCCCUCCUUUUGAAGAUUUUCCUGUUGUAAAUGACAUCUUAAAGAAACAUGGAGUUGAGGAAGAGGGAGAGUUGGGUCAGUCUCAAUUUGCUGAGUUACUUCAGCCUAUCCUGCAAGAAGUUGCUGAUGCAUUGCUGAAAAGGAAUGUUGUGGUUGUCCAUAACACUCAGAUACUCAAUGGAUCCAAACUUAGAAAGCUGCUGGCCGAUGAAGAACAGUUGAAUACCAUCUUGGCAAAAGUUAUAGACGAGAAGCUCAAAGCAGGGGACAAUCUAAACAGCAAGGAAAUGAUCACCAGUUUCCUUGAUAAACAUGCAAAAGAGGUUGGCUUGCCAUCAUCAGAAGCUAACGAGGCAGUGACCCUCGUUUAUGAUGCAGUGUUUGCUGAGGUGGGUGACAGCAAAUUUGCUGCCGAUGAAGAUGACAAGCUCAGAGAGCUUGUGAAGGAAGUACUCGAGAAACUCGCGGAGCAGCUCGAAGCCAGCCCCAUGUACUCUGACAUCUGAUCAGCUUAGUUGUGAUGUAGUUUGUGCAGUUUAUUGCAUCAUAUUUAAGAGCUAAGAAUCUUUAAGAAAGCCAAACUUGAAUCCUGUUAUGUAGCCACUAGAUGUUACAAGUGAAACAGGGACAUCAUAUCACAGAGAUUGUAAAACCAGCCCUUUUACCAUGGGGUUCCAUUUUAUCUUUAUACGUAUAGAGAUGCGUUGAGGACUGUUCUGACUUCUGAGGACCCUAGUUUCAAAUUGGCGUCGUACAUUAAACAUGA